GAUGUUCGAGAAGCAAAACAAAACACAUGUACAAUAUUAAUGAUUCGAAGUAGAUUUAGUCGACAGGAUACAGCCUCAUCAUGAAUAGUGAUUCCUACGUUCUUCAAUACACGGCUAAGCAACGUUCAUCUGUAUUAGGAGAACUUUUGUUUUACAGAGGGGACAAUGUGGUGAUGUUGGAUCUGCCGCAGUUGUCUCAAGAGAAGCCCCCCGUGGCACUAGCUAAAGCAUGGGAUUGCAAAAACCAGGCUGUGCGUCAGAUGUCGAAUAUUACCCGACGUGGACCAAGAGAUACAAAUCUACAAAAUGGCAAAAACACCACAAAUAACCAAAGACGCAGACCAAAAAGUUGCCCUCCUGUUGAUGUUGGAGUACAUAGGUUCUUGAAAGAAAGGGAAGACGAGUCAAGUCGAGAACAGAUUAACAGUCUAGCCCCGCUUUUUGAAGCAAGUUCUAUUGAGAAUGCUAAGGAACAGCUUGAGAGGUUAUCAGACAAUGUGGCCAAGCUGAACAUGUCAUCAGUUAAAGCAAGAGGACCAAACGACAUUGACGAGACUAUAGUAACCACCCCCUUCAUAUCUUUUAACUCCCAUGUCAGGGAACAGCGUAGAACUAUAGCAAGAGAACGAAAACAAGUGACUGGGGAACAACGUGUUAAGUUGUCUUCUAUCCUCACUGAUCAUGUUAGCAAGAAAAUGGAACUAGAAGCCCAGAAAGCCAAGGCUAGGUAUACAUACUCAAGCCCGCAUUACGGUUGCAAAAUUCCAGAUCCCCAAAGUGAGAAUCGCGCGAGAAGGCCAUCUAUUUUGAUUGAUAAAUCUAAAGCUGACCAAAGAUCGUUCAAUCUACCAGAACAAACUGAGACAUCAAGUAGACUCUCAUUUGACGUUAGGAGUAAUCUCAGUAGUUCAAGAAGCCCAAGUGUCUCUAGUGUGGGAAAACGGGUACAUUAUCAUACUCCCAAAAAGAGAAUACAUUCAGGACGUAUUCUCAGAAAGGUCAUUGAGAACUCAGGUAACAGACGUGUAAGUGAAGGUCCCUAUGUUACAGUCAGUGACUAUGGUUAAAUGUAUUUAAUAUGUUUUUAAAAAAUAAAUGUUAUUUUACGUUCAUAAAUAUAAAAAUGUGUUAUAUAUUGCAAUUGUAGUAGAUGGUAAUAGCGCUAGAUGUGAACUUAGAGAAUACAUGCUAGAUUCUUGUUAACAUAGCGUGUUUAAUAAAGACAUUAUAAGGCAAGGCUACAAAAAUGAUUUUAUUUUCAUUUUUAUUUUCAUAAUUUAUUAUCCAUCAUUUAAAUGUUCACUGUAACGGGACAGCAAUAUAUUGUGCUAUUAAAAUUGCUCUGCUGAAUCCAUUCCAAGUUGCUUUUUUUCAAUUUUUUUCAAUGUCAAAUCAUUGUCCUGUAAAAUUUUGAAUAAUGGAUAAUAGUAAGUUAUAAGUAUGCUUCUGGUGCUUAAGACAAUUUGGUUUAACACAAUUAACAAUUUUGCCAGAUGCGUUCACUUCUAGAAUCAUUGCUUGAAGGCAGUUAUACAUG